AAUGACGUCACUCGGAGCUCGAGCUCUGCUUGUUGGUGGUGCUCCGUCCGUUCCUCUGUGCUGCAGUUGGAGUUAGCUUAGACAACGGCGGACGGUCUCUUUAGUCGUGACACCCGGGUUGGUGGUUUUUCCGUAACUUUUCAGACUCACGGUUGUCCCUGAAGGACCGUGAGAGACUUUAAUCUGUGUUUUGGAUGUAUGGGAGCUUCCUGGGAGCAGCGACGGGAGAAGACUGUGCCGGUGGUCCUGAUUGUUCAGCAGGAUGAGUGAGGCGGACGGACAAUUCUACAGUGUUCAGGUGGGAGACUCCACCUUCACUGUGCUGAAGCGCUACCAGCAGCUCCGUGCUAUCGGCUCCGGGGCCCAGGGCAUCGUCUGUUCUGCUCUAGAUACAGUCCUCAGCAUACCAGUGGCAGUGAAGAAGCUCUGUCGGCCCUUCCAGAACCAGACCCAUGCCAAGCGGGCCUACAGGGAGCUCGUUCUACUCAAAUGUGUAAACCACAAAAAUAUCAUCCGUCUGAUCAAUGUGUUCACGCCUCAGAAGUCUCUGGAGGAGUUCCAAGACCUGUACCUGGUGAUGGAGCUGAUGGAUGCCAGCCUGUGCCAGGUGAUCCACAUGGACCUGGACCAUGAGAGGAUGUCCUACCUGCUCUACCAGAUACUUUGUGGCAUCAGGCAUCUUCACUCCGCUGGCAUCAUCCACAGAGAUCUGAAGCCCAGUAACAUUGUGGUGAAGUCUGACUGCACCCUGAAGAUCCUGGACUUUGGUCUGGCCAGGACGGCGUGCACUAACUUCAUGAUGACUCCUUACGUGGUGACCAGAUACUACCGUGCCCCGGAGGUCAUCCUGGGCAUGAAGUAUAAAGAGAAUGUGGACCUGUGGUCAGUUGGCUGCAUAAUGGCUGAAAUGAUCUCUCACAAAGUCCUCUUUCCUGGAAAGGACUACAUCGACCAGUGGAACAAGGUGAUUGAGAUUCUGGGCACGCCCAGUAUAGAGUUUAUGAACCGGCUGAUGGAGACCGUGAGGAACUAUGUGAUGAACAAGCCACAGUAUCCUGGCGUCAGCUUCGCGGAGCUUUUCCCAGACUGGGCAUUCCCCUCAGAGUCCGAACAUGAUAAACUGAAGACGUGCCAAGCCCGGGACUUGCUUUCCAAGAUGUUGGUUAUCGAUCCUGAAUGCCGUAUUUCUGUAGAAGAAGCGCUCCAUCACCCUUACAUCCACGUGUGGUACGAUCCCGGAGAGGCAGACGCGGUGAGGAGGCUGAUGGGGAAACGUUUUAUAAAUGCAGCAGCUAUAAAUGGGAUUAUUGUGAUUGAUACAUGUCCUUUUGUCUCUCAGCCUCCUCCCCAGAUUUCAGAUAAGCAGCUGGAAGAGAGAGAGCACACCAUAGAGCAGUGGAAAGAACUCAUUUAUGAAGAGGUGAUCGACUGGGAGGAGAGGAACAAGAACGGUCUGAUGAAAGAAGACAGCUCAGAUGCGGUGUCUGCCUCCACCUCCCAGUCCUCCUCUGCCAACGACAUCUCAUCCAUGUCCACGGAGCACACCUUGGCGUCAGACACAGACAGCAGCAGCAUCGACACGCUGACUGGUCCUCUGGAUGAGAGUCAGUGAGCUCCACCAUCGGCCCUCCCCUAGCAGUCCUCUGACCAAUUUACAAAAUAUGUCUCAGCCAUCUUCCGUUUUCAUCCCCAGAUCGGGUUUAAGCCUCUGUGAAAAGAUUGUUUGGGACUGAAGCCAGGAGGUCUAACCCAUCUGUUUCCUCUUCAUGUUCUUGUUGAAUGUUAAUCUUGAUCAAGUACACGCUCUUUGGUGUUUGCUUCCAUAUUGUUUUCAGGAGUAGCUUCACAGUGCUGCUGUAUUUUAAUAGUUUUAUUUUUUUAGCUGGAGGUUUUUAUAAUCCACAGACGUCAGCUGCUCUCGUGCAUGUUACGCCAAAAAGAACAAACACUUAUCAACCAUAUCCGGUCGAUCAAACACGGAUCUCAAAUGAUGGUUUUCUGCUAGCGUGUUAAAAGUAUCACAGGUUCCAACUGUGGGGCUUUUGGCACAUCUGCUCGUUUAUAAACUGGCUUGUGUGAUGUGGAUUAUGAGCUUUUACUCCCAACAGCUAGGAGGUGCUGUGGCUUCUGUGUGAUAUGACGUACUGUAUGUAAUGACGUCAUACAAGUUAAAGAGCCAGAACAGGUGCGCCCGUCCUCUUCGCAGGUAGAAACCUUACGGUACCACCUGUCACCUGAUCCUAAACCUGUAAAUCUAAAUGAGGCAUAACUUUUUGACAUGUAUUUAUUUUUUGAUUUUCUCAUGCUAAAUUUUGCACACAAACCACACUGAAGCCCAAGAAACAUAGAGGCUUCCUGUUAAAGCAUUUAAUGGAUGAAUUAAAGCAUGGGCCACUCUUCUCUAAAUCAUUCCCUUUAGUGCUGGAAAAAAUAAAUCAUAACAUCUAAGAACACGUAGAUGACCAGAAUCAUGUUCCACCUGCAUGAAGGCAUGGCACCUAUAAGGAAAACGGAUCAGUGAACACAUUCAGGUCCGAUUUACUUUCAUGCUUUGUGGUUCCGAGAGCUUGACUGCAAAUUCUUGUUUUUACUUUUUUCCUGAAUUGUAAUUCUUUGUUUCUUUGUGAUAUCAAAAUGUACCUUUGAGACGGCGGUCGCUCUGUACACAAAGAGUCUGGAUGACGACUGUGGAAGAACCUUUGGAGCGGACUACAGAGCUGCUUUUUUCAGUGACUGAACAGAGACGCGACACAACGGAGUCACAAGGACUCGUGCAUCAUGUUGUACACAACCAUAACUUUAUUCUUUCUGUUAAGCCUUAAAUAAUUUGAUGAGUGGCCAAGUUCUCCAAAAGCUCAGAGAUGUCCGGUGUGAUCGCCAUGACAACAAUACUAUCAUCCCCCAGUCUUUCACCCCUACUCAGACUAAUAAAGUGGACUUCAGUGAGA